AUGUCCAGCAACACAACUAUACUGUCAGGAAAGAAAGUUAUUGUCAUCGGGGGAUCCUCCGGCAUUGGGCGCUCGGUAGCUGCUGCUACACUCAGCCACGGUGCCUCGGUAGUAAUAGCUUCCUCGUCCCAAGACAAGGUCAAUAUCGCUCUGGGCAGACUGAAGCAAGGUGUCCCGCCCCAAUCGAAUGUUACUGUCACUGGCCAAGUAAUCAAUCUUAAAGAUUUCGACGUUAUUACUGGCGGAGAUAGACCCGCAAACGUGAACUUUCCUGAGCAAGACAUUGACCUCGCGAGUUCGCAGAGUUUCUUCGAUUAUCUAAAUAGUACUCGGUACUGGUCCACUAUAAUUGCAGCUCAACACAUCCAUAAGAACAAAUUGAUCAAUCCUGGGGGUUCAAUUACAUUAACCAUCGGGACUUCGGUUUACAGGCCAAUUCCCGGCUGGGGGCUCGUAUCUGGACUAGCUGGUGCCGUAGAAAGCUCUACCCGAGGUCUCGCUAUCGAUCUCAAACCUAUCCGCAUUAACACCAUUUGCCCAGGACUGGUUGAUACUGAACUUUUUGCGUCUAUGCCUGAAGAUAUUAGGAAAGACAUGUUUGGUAGACAAGAGAAGACCACCCCCGUUGGACACAUUGGAAAGCCGGAAGAGCUUGCGGAGGCGUAUCUUUUCGCAAUGAAGUGUACAUAUCUCACAGGACAGGUCCUUGUCGUUGAUGGUGGAGCAAGUAUUGCUUAG